CUUCUGUUUACUUGCUAGCCGACAAAAAUAAAAAAUGAAGCUUGUCAAUUUGAGCGCGAUGCUUGUCCUUGCGGUCAUUUUGGCUGCCUCUGCUCGCUCCACCGUCGCCGCGGAUGCCUGCGAUGUCUGCGUGUGCGAUGGCACUACGAUCGACUUUUGCGACACUGACGUCGCAGCCAUUCCUGACAACAUCCCUGCCACAACGACCAUCCUCGACUUGAGCUACACCCAAAUCACUCAACUCCCCGCGAACGCCUUUGCAACACUGACCAGCCUCGUUCUCCUCGAUCUGAGCAACACCCCGCUCGACACCAUUGACGAUGCUGCCUUUGCUGGUGUUUCAGGUCUCCAGUUCCUCGACCUCUCGUCUGCUGAACUGACGGCAGUUCCUACCACUGCGAUGGCCUCGCUGACGAAUUUGAUUCAAGUUGACCUGAGUCACAACCAAAUCACCACUAUCGAUGCCAACGCCUUCGAUGGUCUCUCUGCUAUCGAAAUUCUGAACCUUGGCGGCAACUCGAUCAGCUCUGUCAGCGAUGAUGCCCUUAUGUCACUCGACGCUCUGUCCGUUCUUGACAUCUCUGGCUCGGAACUCACGGCCGUCCCUGUCGCUUUCCUGGCCCCCGUCGCGUCUACUCUUACCACCCUCGAUUUGAGCUCGUCGCCCAUCGCAAGCGUCCAGCACUCCGACUUUGAGGACCUCCAGAGCAUCGAGCUCAUCAACCUUGCCGACACUGACCUGACUGAUCUGCCUCUGGGCGUCUUCGGAGACCUUCCUCAACUUACGACCGUGCACUUGGCCGGCGUUACCUUCGCCUCGACUCCCGCUGGCAUGUACGGCGAUGCUGACAACGUCUUUGUUUGCGACCAGGCAUGCGUCACUUGCCACGGCUUUGGACCUGGCGCUUGCUGCGUCGACGGCUGCCUGACCUGCGCGGAUGUCACUGGCUGCUCUGUGUGCAUGGACAACACAAACGUCAUCUAUGAUGGCUACUGCAUGACGCCCGCCAACGCCGAAAUCUCUGCCACAGAGUCCAUCAUUUCCGCAUCCUAUGCCUCCCAGUCUUCUGUUUCGGCAGUGACCGCCAAGGCGUCCAAGGCCACUCUUGCGACGAUUUCGGCCUCCGUCGCGACCGUCUCUGCAGCCUCCGUCGCCACUGUUUCUCGAAGCGCCAAGUCAGUGGCAUCGGUCACUUCGGCCGCAUCCGCCUCGGUUGCCUCGGUCGCUUCGUUUGUGUCGGCCACGUCAGCUGCUUCUGCUUCCGCCGUCUCCGCAUCUGUCGCUGCCAACAAUAACAACAACAACAACGAUGAUGACGACGACUCUGAGCGCAACGGCAUCAUUAUCGGCGUCGUAAUUGGCGGUGUUGCCCUUCUCGCCAUCAUCAUCGGUGCCUCGGUUUACAUGAGCCGCCGGCGCAACAUGUCCGAGAGCAAGUCCUCCGAGGUGAUUAACAUGCACGAGGUCAAGUAAAUGGCCGUCUCGUUGGGGUUGCAAGAAGCAAGAACAAGCAAAAAAAAAAACCAAAAAAAAAAAAAACAGCUUAGGAACAGUGUACUUUUACCUGUGUUGUUGUGGGCAGUUACUUGGCCGAUUGACAUUGUUGCACUGGUGCACGUUGUACCUGCAUGUUUGAAUACAACUUUUGAAUGGACA